AUGGCCACCACCGCGCAGUACCUGCCGCGGGGCCCCGGCGGCGGAGCCGGGGGCACCGGGCCGCUCAUGCAUCCCGAUGCCGCGGCGGCGGCGGCGGCGGCGGCGGCGGCCGCCGAGCGGCUGCACGCGGGGGCCGCGUACCGCGAAGUGCAGAAGCUGAUGCACCACGAGUGGCUGGGCGCGGGCGCGGGCCACCCCGUGGGCCUAGCACACCCCCAGUGGCUACCCACGGGAGGAGGCGGCGGCGGCGGCGACUGGGCGGGCGGCCCGCACCUGGAACACGGCAAGGCGGGCGGCGGCGGCACCGGCCGGGCCGACGACGGCGGCGGCGGCGGCGGCGGUUUCCACGCCCGCCUGGUGCACCAAGGGGCGGCCCACGCGGGCGCGGCAUGGGCGCAGGGCGGCACGGCGCACCACCUGGGCCCCGCCAUGUCGCCGUCUCCCGGGAGCGGCGGGGGCCACCAGCCCCAGCCGCUCGGGCUGUACGCUCAGGCGGCCUACCCCGGCGGCGGCGGCGGCGGCCUGGCCGGGAUGCUGGCCGCGGGCGGUGGCGGCGCGGGGCCCGGCCUGCACCACGCGCUGCACGAGGACGGCCACGAGGCGCAGUUGGAGCCGUCGCCGCCGCCGCACCUGAGUGCCCACGGACACGCACACGGACACGCACACCCGGGCGGCCUGCACGCGGCGGCGGCGGCGCACCUGCACCCGGGCGCGGGCGGCGGCGGCGGCUCGUCGGUGGGCGAGCACUCGGACGAGGACGCGCCCAGCUCCGACGACCUGGAGCAGUUCGCCAAGCAGUUCAAGCAGCGGCGCAUCAAGCUGGGCUUCACCCAGGCCGACGUGGGCCUGGCGCUGGGCACGCUCUACGGGAACGUGUUCUCGCAGACCACCAUCUGCCGCUUCGAGGCCCUGCAGCUGAGCUUCAAGAACAUGUGCAAGCUCAAGCCGCUGCUCAACAAGUGGCUGGAGGAGACCGACUCGUCCAGCGGCAGCCCCACCAACCUGGACAAGAUCGCGGCGCAGGGCCGCAAGCGCAAGAAGCGCACGUCCAUCGAGGUGGGGGUCAAGGGCGCGCUCGAGAGCCACUUCCUCAAGUGCCCCAAGCCGUCGGCGCACGAGAUCACCGGCCUGGCCGACAGCCUGCAGCUGGAGAAGGAGGUGGUGCGCGUCUGGUUCUGCAACCGGCGACAGAAGGAGAAGCGCAUGACCCCCGCGGCCGGCGCGGGCCACCCGCCCAUGGACGACGUUUACGCGCCCGGGGAGCUGGGCCCCGGCGGGGGCGGCGCGUCGCCGCCCUCCGCGCCCCCGCCGCCCCCGCCGGCCGCUCUGCACCACCACCACCAUCACACACUCCCCGGCUCCGUGCAGUGACCCUGCGGCCCCGGGCCCCCCCACCCCGCCGGCGCGCACUCAGCCCCGCGUG